GCUCCAUCCAUACAAUGCGUAACAGGGCGAUAAAAUGACAUCUCCCGGCUGUGUUUUUACAGUAGAGCCCGAGGCCGAAAAAUUCGAGGAAUCGUUGUUAAAAUUCUGACCCAAUAUUGGUCUAGUGUUGAUGGAGUUCAGAAUUUGAAGACAACCAGACGAGAAACGAUUGGACUUUCUAUUCAUCAAGUUUACAGGAAAGAGAAGACGUUACGUGGUGUUGUUCCAAACCAAAUACUUUAUGCUUGAUGAUGGAAAACGCCUGUGAAUGAAUCGGAAGGGUUUACACUAUUAGGGCUUCAUGGUUAGAUCUUGGGUUCAGAGAGCCUUUGUUAACUGGAUCAGAAAGAGGCCUGUAGUCAGUUCAUGUGAAUCGGAGAGGAGUGUCUGUCGUUGUUUAGAUGGUGAUUAGAUAGACAGGAAGGAUAGAUGGGGACUAAUAAGAAGCGUACGUUACUUAACCAUAAGCAGCGCACAUUACUUAACCCAACCACUGAAACCAUGUCGCAUGUGACUGACUGGGAAGCGUCCGCGUCGAUAAUCGUAUAACCUAAGAGAGAAAGCCUCUAGAGAGCGGAGCCUCUCAACUCACCCCUGGCCGGAGAGAGCAAGGACCGGCUGAGGUGACAUAACCCCGCCACUGUGCCACUAUGGAUCUACUUGAGUGCCCAAUCUGCCUGUUCCUCAUGUGUGAACCGGCCACCAUGUCCUGUGGUCACUCGUUCUGCCGGAGCUGCCUGGGAAACUACUUGCCAUCCAGGUGCCCAGCCUGCAAGGAAAGAUUUAAACAGAGAGACGCCAAAAACAUCAAGAACAACAUCCUGAUCUUCAGUGUCAUUGAGAAGUGCUGCCCAGAAGAGACGAGGAUGAAGUGCCAUAUUCUGGAGAAACUCAAAACCAGCGAGUUCACAGAAGCUUUACGCAUCGCGGAUGAAGGGAUACAACUAGGUAGGUUCCUAAAAAGAAUGUGUGAACUUGAGUACGUUUUGGGAAGACAUUUUCUUACGCAGCCCUCGAGUAGGCUGCAGGACAGGCCUAUGAUCAAAUGUGUGUAUACACGUUGUGUAAAGUGGAAUCCAGCCACUUAUAAAAGCCCCACACCACACUGAUUAGGUACAUUUAGGUCACACAGAUGUUUACCCCAAAAAACUCCAGCCAGGACGUAUGAAGUAAAAUGAUCAUGCUGACUAAAAAAACACACACAUUUGAAGUUCAUUCCUAUAUAUUAAUGUGCUCAGAUGAAAUGAUUUUGUCUUCAGUGCAAUACAGCGGACACAAUCAGGCCCCCCUCGCAAAAGAGGCUUCUAACCUCAACUGGCUUUUCCUGGUUAAAUACAGGUUAAAUAAAAUACUGUUAAAACUGCUAUAAUAUAAUGGUGGUGUAGUGACCUGGCAUGCACUCCUGUAGUAGCCAGUAGCUUGGUCAGAUAAGAGCCACAUGGUGGGAGGCAGUACUACAGUCACAGUGGUCCAACAUAUAUAACCCAAAUAAAAAAAAACUCUUAACACACCAGAUACACAGUUGUAAGAAUCGGCCUUAUUAAAUGCAGUUCUGUUCUGUUUAUGCAGUUCUCUUUAUAAGCCUGUGAUAGAAUGCAGUUGUAAUUAUUUUGGUCCAUGUACUUUGUCUCCCAUCUAUUCUACACAUGUACAUAGGCAACAUAUAAUGUGUUUGUGCACGGCAUAUAACAUGGAAAUAGACAACCUUUACACACAUGCUUGUUACCGCCAAUGAUUUAGAUAUAUUCCCACGGGGGGGGGGGGGGGGGGGGCAGUAUGAAAAAUGUAUGCACUCACUAACUGUAAAUCGCUCUGGAUAAGAGCGUCUGCUAAAUGACAAAAAAUGUAAAAAUAUAUAUGACUACAUGACUGACAUGGGCCGCUGUUUUGAAGCCAAUGCGCCUUCUUCCUGGCAGUCCCCCCCUACACUAUUGUAAAACAUAUUUUUGAAGCUAUAGAAAUGCAUUUAUAAAUAUCUACAUUCGUUUUUUUGCCACGUUUAUUCUAUUACAGACACCUUCAUGCAUACUUUUAAAUUAUAUUAUGUGAGCUAAACAUAAAAAAUAACAAAAUUGAUUAUUCCCUUAAAGUAUACUUUUUUUGAAAGUAUUAAUGUUACUGUCCCCACUACAACAAUACUUAAAUACAUGUAUUUUGUCCUUGUAACAUUUAAAUUAAAUACUGUAGAAUUCCAUUAAUUCCUCUGGAGGACUGCUUUUCUGUGGAGUGCCAAUAUGGCUGACAGGUGUAUACAAAGCCUCUCAUUGGUCAAUACAUAGUAUCAGCAAUCCAGGGUUUAUAUAAACUCAGCAAAAAAAGAAACCUCCCUUUUUUCAGAACCCUGUCUUUCAAAGAUAAUUAGUAAAAAUCCAAAUUUCACAGAUCUUCAUUGUAAAGGGUUUAAACACUAUUUCCCAUGCUUGUUCAAUGAACCAUAAACAAUUAAUGAACAUGCACCUGUGGAACGGUCGUUAAGACACUAACAGCUUACAGACUGUAGGCAAUUAAGGUCACAGUUAUGAAAAUUUUAGGACACUAAAGAGGCAUUUCUACUGACUCUGAAAAACACCAAAAGAAAGAUGCCCAGGGUCCCUUCAUGAGGACUGCAGAUGUGGCCAGGGCAAUAAAUUGCAAUGUCCGUACUGUGAGACGCCUAAGACAGCGCUACAGGGAGACAGGACGGACAGCUGAUUGUCCUCGCAGUGGCAGACCACGUGUAACAACACCUGCACGGGAUUGGUACAUCCGAACAUCACACCUGCGGGACAGGUACAGGAUGGCAACAACAACUGCCCGAGUUACACCAGGAACGCACAAUCCCUCCAUCAGUGCUCAGACUGUCUGCAAUAGGCUGAGAGAGGCUGGACUGAGGGCUUGUAUGCCAUGCAUAGCCUACAAGCCACUGUUGCGGACCUUUGGAACAUCUACAUUUGAAAAAAGUCUAAUAAAUCAAUUUAAUAUAGCCUACACCAUCACAAUAAGUCCAUUAUUUAUUUUAGGCAGUUCUAAAGAAACAUGAUAUAAAGAAAAUGUAGUCUAUUUCAGAAGAACAGAAUAGCAUACUCUGUUGUCUUUAUGUUAGGCCCUGAUAUGGCUGUGGGCUACACUAGCUCAUUGAGCAGACAAGAUAUUGUUGUAAUUCCCGUGGCAUUAUUUUUUCACAGUUUGACAAGCAUUUGAUAAUAUGAUCAUGCAGUAUUUUCAAUUUAAUCUGGUCUUUACAUAUAGCCUACUAAUAUAUGUGUGGAUUUUAUUUUUAGAAAUGGCCAACACAAAAAAAGUCAUCCAUAGCCUGCACUCGAAUAGGGAAUGGAGGUUACGUGCAGUUACUUUUUUAAUAUGCCAGGUAGGCUACACCGUUUGUAAAGCGGAUUAAUGUACUUGAUUGUUUUGAAUUGAGAAAUACAGUAAAUAUAGCAGCACGAGAAAGCUGGGAUCCGCUUUUAUUGUAUAGUGGCCAAUCAAAACUCUGUUUUCACACACAAUUGCGCAAUGACUGGGCUUAUAAAUUGAAAUAAAUUUGCCAAAGUUAUAGAAUGACUGCUGUUUGUUCAGAAAGAAAUGAAAUAAUUAAUGAUGGCCUACUACACAUAAUAGCAUCUGAUCUGGUGGACUCACUAAACACAAAUGCUUAAUGUGUGUUGGAGUGUGCCCCUUGGCUAUCCGUAAAUUACAAAAAUAAGAAAAUCGUGCCGUCUGGUUUGCCUAAUAUAAGGAAUUUGAAAUGAUUUAUACUUUUACUUUUGAUACUUAAGUAUAUUUGAGCAAUUACAUUUACUUUUGAUACUUAACUAAAUUUAAAACCAAAUCAUUUUAGACUUUUACUCAAGUAGUAUUUUACUGUGUGACUUGCAAGGUCAUUUUUAUUGAUCUCGGAUUCUCAGUUUCAGUGUCAAAGUAGCCUGUCAUUUCGAUAAUUUGUGCGGUAUUAAAAAAGAUUCUGCCAGUCUCCAGUCAUGUAAAAUUACUUAGAAUUGCAUGAAAUGCAUUUAUAAAAGGACAAAUUUUUCCAGGAUCCUAGGCUACAAAAGAAAAUUCCCCAUGUGUGCAACUACUAUAAGUGCCUCAACUCUACUGCUCUAUGCCGCUACGCAAAUGUGAUGAUAUGCAUUCAAUGCUUUAUUAUAAAAGGUGAUUUUAUUUUUCUCAUGCGUUCCGGUACCUCAGAGCUGCCCAGGUCACCCCCCUCUCGCGCUCACUUUUUGUUCUGGCAACAACCGAUUUACAAAUUAAGCACUGGUCUUUACAUGUACUAAAUAAUAUGUGUGAAAUUAGUUUUGAUUUAGAAUGGGCCAUUAUCAUGCACCUGUUGGAACAGGGGCAGGGUAAAAGACGUCAUCCCUAUGCACUGGAGUAGCAAAUGGAGCCAGGUAGGCUGCUCCGGUUGUAAAGCAAAGCAAAGCAAUGUGCUUAAUAUAUGGAAAGUUGAGAAAUAAAUAUAGUAGGCCUAGCCUAUAGAAAGCUUACAGGAUCCUCUUUUUAAUAGAGGCCAUCAAAACUCUGUUUUCUCAUGCAAUUGCAUAGCCUAUAGAAAUGUUGCGCAACAGGAACACAUAUAUUUUAUUCCAUGCAUCAACCAGCUAUGAGGAGCUGGCUCUCGCUGUGCAACAGGUGAUCCUAUCCCCCCCCCCCCCCCCCCCCUCCCCGAAAGCAUUCCACAGGAAUGCUGGCCCAUGUUGACUCCAAUGCUUCCCACAGUUGUGUCAAGUUGGCUGGAUGUCCUUUGGGUGGUGGGCCAUUCUUGAUACGGGAAACUGUUUAGCGUGAAAAACCCAGCAGCGUUGCAGUUCUUGACACAAACCGGUGUGUCUGGCACCAACUACCAUACCCGGUUCAAAGGCACUUAAAUCUUUUGUCUUGCCCAUUCACCCUCUAAAUGGCACACGUACACAAUCCAUGUCUCAGUUGUCUCAAGUCUUAAAAAUCCUUAUUUAGCCUGUCUCCUCCCCUUCAUCUAGACUGAUUGAAGUGGAUUUAACAGGUGACAUCAAUAAUGCAUCAUAGCUUUCACCUGGAUUCACCUGGUCAGUCUAUGUCAUGGAAAGAGCAGGUGUUCUUAAUGUUUUAUAUACUCAGUGUAGUAUAAUAGAGAAAACCUACAUACUUUAAUGCAGGGGUCCCCAAUUACAUUCGGCCGUGGGCCGAUUUUUCCUUGAGCGGAUGGUCGGGGGGCCGGAACAUAGUUAUAAAUCAUUUUUUUAUUGAAAAUUGACCGCAAGAAUCCCAAACAGAAAUACUAUUUGAAAAAAACAGAAUAUUUUCAAACCUUGCGGGCCGCCUAUUUUUUUAUAUUUUUAUUUUAAUUUUUAUUUAUUUCACCUUUAUUUAACCAGGUAAACCAGUUGAGAACAAGUUCUCAUUUACAACUGCGACCUGGCCAAGAUAAAGCAAAGUAGUGCGAUUAAAAACAACAACACAGAGUUACAUAUGGGGUAAAACAAAACAAAGUCAAAAAUACAACAGAAAUAAAUAUAUAUACAGUGUGUGCAAAUGUAGCAAGUUAUGGAGGUAAGGCAAUAAAUAGGCUAUAGUGCAAAAUAAUUACAAUUAGUAUUAACACUGGAAUGCUAGAUGUGCAAGAGAUGAUGUGCAAAUAGAGAUACUGGGGUACAAAUGAGCAAAAUAAAUAACAAUAUAGGGAUGAGGUAGUUGGGCGGGCUAAUUUCAGAUGGGCUGUGUACAGGUGCAGUGAUCGGUAAGGUGCUCUGACAACUGAUGCUUAAAGUUAGUGAGGGAGAUAAGUGUCUCGAGCUUCAGAGAUUUUUGCAAUUUGUUCCAGUCAUUGGCAGCAGAGAACAGGAAGGAAUGGCGGCCAAAGGAGGUGUUGGCUUUGGGGAUGACCAGUGAGAUAUACCUGCUGGAGCGCAGACUACGGGUGGGUGUUGCUAUGGUGACCAAUGAGCUAAGAUAAGGCGGGGAUUUGCCUAUCAGUGAUUUAUAGAUGGCCUGGAGCCAGUGGGUUUGGCGACGAAUAUGUAGUGAGGACCAGCCAACAAGAGCGUACAAUAUUGGGGAACCCUGCUGUAAUGUGAUGGGAUCCACCUACGUGUCUGUCAUCCUCUCUAAUCCAAUGAACAACUUCCUGCUUCCCUUUCACACUGCUCCCUUCUCUCUCUCUCUCUCUCUCUCUCUCCUCUCUCUCUCUCUCUCUCCUCCUCUCCUCUCUCUCUCUCCUCUCUCUCUCUCUCUCUCUCUCUCUCUCUCUCUCUCUCUCUCUGUAUUUUAAUUGAAAGGGGCUUAAUUGGCAUGGGAAACGUGUUUACAUUGCCAAAGCAAGUGAAAUAAACAACAAACAAAAGUGAGAAGACACAAAACAACAUCAACAAAAACCUUCAAAUUUAACCAGAUAUUGCACUCAAAAAGGUUUCAAGUAUUAUAUUAUCAGCUAUAUAUCAGCUAUUAUCAGUUAUAUUAGCUAUGUAAUGUGUUUUAUAGUGCAAAUAGUUGUAGUACAAAUAGUACUACAAAUAGUAGAUAAAUAAACAGAUAAAUAUUUGUGGUAUUUACAAUGUUGUUUGUGCUCCAUUGGUUGCACUUUUCACAUGGCAACGGGACACAAAUCUUGCUGCUGUGAUUUCACCUAAUAGAUAUGCAGUGAUGUAAAAUUCUUAAGUAAAAAUACUUUAAAGUACUACUUAAGUAGUUUUUUGGGGUAUCUGUACUUGACUUUACUAUUUACUUCACUACAGAAAAUAAUGUACUUUUUCUUCCCUGACACCCAAAAGUACUUGUUACUUGGUCAUCCCUACUGCCUCUGAUCUGGAGGACUCACUAAACACAAAUGCUUAAUUUGUAAAUUAUGUCUGAGUGUUGGAGGGUGCCCCUUGGCUAUCCGUAAAUUACAAAAAUAAGAAAAUUGUGCCGUCUGGUUUGCCUAAUAUAAGGAAUUUUAAAUGAUUUAUACUUUUACUUUUGAUACUUAAGUAUAUUUUAGCAAUUACAUUUACUUUUGAUACUUAAGUAUAUUUAAAACCAAAUACUUUUAGACUUUUACUCAAGUAGUAUUUUACUGUGUGACUUGCACUUUUACUUGAGUAAUUAUCUAUUAAAAUAUAUCUUUACUUUUACUAAUGUAUGACAAUUGGGUACUUUUUCCACCACUGCAGAUAUGGGAGUUUAUCAAACAAAACACAUACGUUUCGGCCUCAGGUCUUCAUCAGUGGCCUCUCAAUAGCAAGGCUAUGCUCACUGAGUUUGUACAUAGUCAAGUAUUUUCUUAAGUUUGGGUCAGUCACAUUGGUCAGGUAUUCUGCCACUGUGUACUUACUCUCUGUUUAGGGCCAGAUAACAUUCUAAUUUGCUCUGUUUUUUUUGUGGAUUCUUUCCAGUUUGUUAUAUAUUUAUCUUUUUGUUUUCUCAUGAUUUGGUUGGGUCUAAUUGUGUCGCUGUCCUGGGGCUCUGUGGGGUCUGUUUGUGUUUGUGAACAGAGACCCAGGAGCAGUUUGCUUAGGGGACUCUUCUCUAGGUUAAUCUCUCUGUAGGUGAUGGCUUUGUUAUGGAAGGUUUGGAAAUCGCUUCCUUUUAGGUGGUUGUAGAAUUUAACGUCUCUUUUCUGGAUUUUGAUAAUUAGCGGGUAUCAGGCUAAUUCUGCUCGGCAUGCAUUAUUUGGUGUUUUACGUUGUACACUAAGGAUAUUUUUUGCAGAAUUCUGCAUGCAGAGUCUCAAUUUAGUGUUUGUCCCAUUUUGUGAAUUCUUUGUUGGUGAGCGGACAUCACACCUCACAAUCAUGAAGGGCAAUGGGUUCUAUAACUGAUUCAAGUAUUUUUUGCCAGAUCCUAAUUGGUAUGUUGAAUUUCUUCUGUUCCUUUUGAUGACGUAGAAGGCCCUUCUUGCCUUGUCUCUCAGAUCGUUCACAGCUUUGUGGAAGUUACCUGUGGCACUGAUGUUAAGGCCGAGGUACACUACCGGUCAAAAGUUUUAGAACACCUACUCAUUCAAGGGUUUUUCAUUAUUCUUUACUAUUUUCUACAUUUUAGAAUAAUAGUGAAGACAUCAAAACUAUGAAAUAACACAUGGAAUCAUGUAGUAACCAAAAAAGUGUUAAGCAAAUCAAAAUAUAUUUUAUAUUUGAGAUUCUUCAAAUAGCCACCCUUUGCCUUGAUGACAGCUUUGCACACCUCACGGCCCUGUGUUUUUUGCCAAUUUUAACUGUUUUUCCCCCCAACACUGCUUUCCAUCAAUUUGUAUGGUUAAAUUCAUUGCCUUUGUUUUGAUUUGUUUGUUUGUCAAUUAGGGUGUGCAGGGUGAAUACGUGGUCUGUCGUACGGUAAUUUGGUAAAAAGCCAAUUUGACAUUUGCUCAGUACAUUGUUUUAACUUAGGAAAUGUACGAGUCUGCUGUUGAGGCAUAUCUCACGGUAGUUAUUGGGGUCCAUUUUGCCUCCACUUUUGUGGAUUGGGAUGAUCAGUCCUUGGUUCCAAAUAUUGGGUAAGAUGCCAGAGCUGAGGAUGAUGUUAAAGAGUUUAAGUAUAGCCAAUUGGUAUUUGUGGUCUGUAUAUUUUAUCAUUUCAUUGAGGAUACCGUCAACACCACAGGCCUUUUGGGGUUGGAGGGUUUGUAUUUUGUCCUGUAGUUCAUUCAAUGUAAUUGGAGAAUCCAGUGGGUUCUAGUAGUCUUUAAUAGUUCUCUCUCUCUUUCUCUUUCUCCUCAUGACAGCCUUACCCAGUAACUGAUUUUCUCUCUGUUUGAGUCGCGACUCUCAUGUCAGCCUUACCCAGUAACUGAUUUUCUCUCAGUUUUGAGUCGUAACUCUCAUGACAGCCUUACCCAGUAACUGAUUUUCUCUCUGUUUUGAGUCGUGACUCUCAUGACAGCCUUACCCAGUAACUGCUUUUCUCUCUGUGUGAGUUGUGACUCUCAUGACAGCCUUAACUGUAACUGAUUUGUUUAUGGGUGCUGAGAUUAGAUUUGAGUUGAUGUCUAACAACAUACGAAAAAUUUGCAGAUGUAAUUGUGUGUAUGUGUGUAGGAGUUAUCUUUCCUAAUGAAUGCCUAACCUCAUACUAAUGUUCUGUCAUUAUAUAGAGAAUGAAACAACUUCCUGUAAGAGAAAGUCUGUGAUGAUUCUGACUGAAUCUUUCUCCUCUACCCACCAGUAGUUUGCUAACUGCUUUUCUGACUGUGUUGUCAUACUGAGGGUGUCAGUGCACCAAACACUUUGCAUAAAUAACAGUUUCUAUGCACCACACAGGACUAUGCAUAACAGUUGUGGUUUUACUGCAACCCUGCUGAGCCAUUGUUUUAAUACACAUAAUCCCAUUCUAUUCAUACUCUGCAGGCUUUGCUGUAAAGCUAGCAGGUAGAAUGCUACACUUGGAGAUCCCUGGGCUUGUGGGAGGAGGGAAGGUGAGGGUGUGAGAUCAGAUGAUUGUGCAACUUGUAGCUCAUAUUGUAACUUCAGGUUUUUGGGAGAUUGUCUAAUAUUCCCAAUGCACUGCAGGUGCAAGGGCAAAUCGAACUAACCCAAUUCAUACUGGGAAGCUAUCAUACUACUGUCACUGAUAGUGAUCACUGUUAAUUAUAUCUAACGCCCCCCCCCCCCCCCCCCCCCUCCUCCUCUCAGCUCCUGGUGAUGUAAGUCUGAAGGUGUGGAGAGCGGAAGCCAAUAUGGGACUGAGACUGUUCUCUGAUGCCCUGAGGGACUUUGAAGACCUCUGCUGCGUUCGCCCCAACUGGACAGAGGUAAGAAACACGCCUCAACGAGAGAGAGAGAGAGAGAGAGAGAUGAGAUAGAGAGUAGGAGAGAGAGGAGAGAGAGGAGAGGAUGAGAGAGAGAUUGAGAGAGAGACGAGAGACGUACGAAGAGAGAGAGGGACGAGACUCUCUCCCGAGGAGAGACUCGCAGAGAGGAGAGAAAGCUGCAGAGAGAUGGAGAGAGAGAGACAGACGGGCUCUUCCGGACGCUCCUCUCUCGGCACGAGAUUCGGGAACUUAGUCGCUGGAGAGAGAGAGAUGCAGCUGGAAACUGUGCCUCUGUUUUCUUAUAACAAAAUCACUGUUUAUUCCCCUCUACUGAUCCCUUUAUAGUGCACUACUUUUAACGAGACCCCUAUGUGCCCUGGUCAAAAAUACUGCACUAAUUAGUGUGUCUGUACAAAUGUUAUGUCAUUUGGGGUACAUUAUGCAAAUGAAUACUUAUGUCAUAACGUAACUGAAUCAUUGGACACUAGUGGGUGGGUGAGAGCCAUAACAGCUACACACUGUUGUUAUGUCAUGUUAUGUUAGUAAGGCUGUUGUGUAGGAUUAUUCCUUUUUACCAUAACAUCUAUGUGCAGAAACAAGCCCAAAUAUAGGUCAUUGUUAUUCACUUCUGGUGCUGGAGGUCUGCUUUGUCUUAAAGUUUAUGUUCAAGCCCUGCACUAACUCACCUAAGUCAGCUAAUCAACUUAGGGCUGUCCCCGACAAAAAAAAAUCUUGGUCGACCGAGAACAGUCUGUUCGUAUCAAUUUUUAAACUUGUAUUUUUCCAUAUAUAAACACAUCCUAUGUGUUUUAAUCAAAUCAACUAUAUGCACUGAGCUUCUCUAAGCGCACUGUUUGAUUAAAUACAAAUGAGUAGAGGGAGACCACAAUUGAUUUGAUUGUGCUCAGAAUUACUGUGUGAAAACAAAAUUACAGCGAGUGACUGUGUGACUAGCACCCAUUGUCUCUCUCUCCUCCAUGCUGCAGCGACCACUACAGAACUUCAACAGUUUAUUGCGCUGUCCAUGUUGCUGAAGCUGCAACAUAAUUACAGCCAUCUCUGACUGAAAAGCUCUGUUACCGAAAUCCCUCAUUUGUUUAGGAAAAGCAUUCCCUAUUUUCUCAACCCUUGCUUUCUUUACGUGACACAUGUAUGCAUUGCAUGAACGUGAGCAAUAGGGCCUGACCUAUAGUAUAUCAUAAUCACAUCAAUAAAUUGGUUAUAACAAACUCCGAAAUUGAUGCAGAGGACGUGACAAAUAAACACGAAACGGGUUAAUGUAUACUGGUUGCUCAGGAGGUAAAGGGGGAGUCGGUUGUGUGGAAUAAAUGUGACUAGUUGUGGAAAAUACUGGAGAUCAAGAAAAAGAAGGUAAGGAGCAAGCGCUGCGUGCAUAUUAUGGGUGCCAAACAGGUGCUGUUAGAUUACAAUAUAAUGUUUCUGACUGUUUGGAACAAUGUAAACAACCUUAAAUAUAUGAUAAGCGUACCAGAGAGUCUGUUGGUUGAGAGAAUGCCAAGAGUGUGCAAAGCUGUCUUCAAGGCAAAGGGUGGCUACUUUGAAGAAUCUGUUUAACACUUUUUUGGAUACUACAUGAUUCCAUGUGUGUUAUUUCAUAGUUUUGAUGUCUUCACUAUUAUUCUACAAUGUAGAAAAUAGUAAAAAUAAAGAAAAACCGUUGAAUGUGUCACGGUUUCGGCCGAGGCUGCUCCUUCUCCUUGUUCGGGCAGGCUUCGGCGGUCGUCGUCUCCGGAGUACUAGCUGCCACCGUUCUAUGUUUCGAUGUUUGAUUGGUUUUGUCUGUUUUGUUACACCUGAUCCUUGUUAGUGUUCAUUAUGCGUCCUAUAAGUUCUCUUGAGUUUUGUCAUGUGUUGUGUGUAAUUGUUCGUUGUCACUGUGGGAUGCUAGUUCGUUUUUGUCUCUCUGUUCGGUGUAGUAGAGAGCUCCGCACUUUUGUGCCUUUGUAUGUACUUUACCGGUGUGCGUAAAGUUCGCUUGCCUGCCAGGUUGUAUGUAGCCGUGUUUGGCUUGUUCUUUUUGUCUUCACUAAAGACGUCAGUACCAAGCCUCUGUGUGUCCUGCGCUUGAUUCCACACCACUUCUACACUCAACUGUGACAGAAUGAGUAGGUGUGUCCAAACUUUUGACUGGUACUGUAUCUAUGGAUGAUUUAUAAAGCCAGGCACAUUUAACAGUUAGGCUAUUGAUUAUAUACCUAAUUAAGUUGGCGUUUCCUCUCUCCUCACUUUUCUUAGACAAUUAAAACAAGUGCUGUUUUCUCGUCUCCUAACUCCGUUGUGCUAUUAUGCACAUAGCAGCAUGGUUUAGGAAAAGGCGCCAAUUCAACAGCGCACUGAUGUUUUAGAACCGCGGACAGCGACAAAAGCCUGCACAGUCUGGACUGUGGCACUCAAGUACCAGGAGGAAAAACACUGACCUAUAUUCAGAUAUUCAGGUCCUAAUUUCCUGAUGUAGGUGAAUGUAGAUUUGGCUGUUGCGCUCUUCUUUUUUUCUCUAAUCCAUUUGUCUCUCUCUCUUCCAUUCCUCUCUCUCAUGAAUCCUCUCCAGAAGGACGAACGUGGGUGAAAGGUACCAGAGACGAGAGCGGAAAGCGGAGGAGACCAGACGAAAGAGAGAGGAAAGGGGAGGAAGGAGGAGCCAAAAAGACAGGAAAUCUCUCUCAUCUCUAAGCAUCUCUCGCCUCUCUGCUCUCAUUCCUCUGCUCUCCUCUCGCUCUACCGCUUUCCAUUCCUCUCUCUCUACCUCUACCUCUCUUCCAUUCCUCUCUCUCUCUAUCUCUCUCUACCCCUCUCUUCCAUUCCUCUCUCUCUACCUCUCUCUCAUCCAUUAUUCUCUCUCUCUUGUCUGUUCUCUCCAGGGUUUCUUUCGUAAAGGUAAAGUGUUACUGGAGAUGGGCCGUCAGUCUGAAGCCCUGAUCCAGUUCCACCGCUGUCUCAAACUACAGGCCGACUUCACUCCUGCCAAGAGCCAGAUUAAAAAGGUCAGUAGCUAUAGCCAACACUGACUGGCUCAUUUACUGACUGGAUCAUUUACUGACUAUUUACUACAGACUGGCUCAUUUACUGACUGUUUACUACCGACUGGCUCAUUUACUGACUGUUUACCAAAUCACUGGUCCAGUCACUCACUGACUGUCUGCAUGACUGUUCUUCACUGUCUCAUUCAGUCUCACUAGCUGAGUGUGUCAGUGACUGCCUGGCUGAAUGACUGUAUGGGGUCAGGUUCUAGGAAUGCUUUAAGGAAUGGAAUGCCUUGGAACAGUGUUCGACAAUCUAAACACGUACUGUGAACAGCAGGGGUGGGCAAUCAUUCAGCUCCAGGGCCACUUUGGGAUUUCAAAAUUCAGCGGAGGGCAGCACAUUUUCUUCCAGACCGAUUUGUUUGUCAAAAGCGAUUUGCGGGCCAGAAAAAGGGCAGUUAUUUGAAAACGUAUAGGUCCAUUAUAAUGGAUGGAUAUUUUAUUAUAUUUUUUUAUUUCACCUUUAUUUAACCAGGUAAGCCAGUUGAGAACAGGUUCUCAUUUACAACUGCGACCUGGCCAAGAUAAAGCAAAGUAGUGCAAUAAAAACAACACAGAGUUACAUAUGGGGUAAAAAAAAACAUAAAGUCAGAAAUACAACAGAAAAUAUAUAUACAGUGUGUGCAAAUGUAGCAAGUUAUGGAGGUAAGGCAAUAAAUAGGCUAUAGUGCAGAAUAAUUACAAUAGUAUUAACACUGGAAUGCUAGAUGUGCAAGAGAUGAUGUGCAAAUAGAGAUACUGGGGUGCAAAAGAGCAAAAUAAAUAACAAUAUAGGGAUGAGGUAGUUGGGUGGGCUAAUUUCAGAUGGGCUGUGUACAGGUGCAGUGAUCGGUAAGGUGCUCUGACAACUGAUGCUUAAAGUUAUUGAGGGAGAUAAGAGUCUCCAGCUUCAGAGAUUUUUGCAAUUCGUUCCAGUCAUUGGCAGCAGAGAACUGGAAGGAAUGGCGGCCAAAGGAGGUGUUGGCUUUGGGAAUGACCAGUGAGAUAUACCUGCUGGAGCGCAGACUACGGGUGGGUGCUGCUAUGGUGACCAAUGAGCUAAGAUAAGGCGGGGAUUUGCCUAGCAGUGAUUUAUAGAUGGCCUGGAGCCAGUGGGUUUGACGACGAACAUGUAGUGAGGACCAGCCAACAAGAGUGUACAGGUCACAGUGGUGGGUAGUGUAUGGGGCUUUGGAGACAAAACGGAUGGCACUGUGAUAGACUACAUCCAAUUUGCUGAGUAGAGUGUUGGAGGCUAUUUUGUAAAUGACAUCGCCGAAGUCAAGGAUCGGUAGGAUAGUCAGUUUUACGAGGGCAUGUUUGGCAGCAUGAGUGAAGGAGGCUUUGUUGCGAAAUAGGAAGCCGAUUCUAGAUUUAACUUUGGAUUGGAGAUUCUUUAUGUGAGUCUGGAAGUUGAGUUUACAGUCUAACCAGACACCUAGAUAUUUGUAGUUGUCCACAUACUCUAGGUCAGACCCGUCGAGAGUGGUGAUUCUAGUCGGGUGGGCGGGUGCUAGCAGCGUUCGAUUGAAAAGCAUGCAUUUAGUUUUACUAGUGUUUAAGAGCAGUUGAAGGCUACUGAAGGAUUGUUGUAUGGCAUUGAAGCUCGUUUGGAGGUUUGUUAACACAGUGUCCAAUGAAGGGCCAGAUGUAUACAAAAUGGUGUCGUCUGCGUAGAGGUGGAUCUGAGAGUCACCAGCAGCAAGAGCGACAUCAUUGAUAUACACGGAGAAAAGUGUCGGCCCAAGAAUUGAACCCUGUGGCACCCCCAUAGAGACUGCCAUAGGUCCAGACAACAGGCCCUCCGAUUUGACACACUGAACUCUAUCUGAGAAGUAGUUGGUGAACCAGGCGAGGCAGUCAUUUGAGAAACCAAGGCUAUUUAGUCUGCCAAUAAGAAUGCGGUGGUUGACAGAGUCGAAAGCCUUGGCCAGGUCGAUGAAGACGGCUGCACAGUACUGUCUAUUAUCAAUCGUGGUUAUAAUAUCGUUUAGGACCUUGAGCGUGGCUGAAGUGCACCCGUGACCAGCUCGGAAACCGGAUUGCAUAGCGGAGAAGGUACGGUGGUAUUCGAAAUGGUCGAUGAUCUGUUUGUUAACUUGGCUUUCGAAUACUUUCGAAAGGCAGGGCAGGAUGGAUAUAGGUCUGUAGCAGUUUGGAUCUAGAGUGUCACCCCCUUUGAAGAGGGGGAUGACCGCGGCAGCUUUCCAAUCUCUGGGGAUCUCAGACGUUAUGAAAGAGAGGUUGAACAGACUAGUAAUAGGGGUUGCGACAAUUUCGGCGGCUAGUUUUAGAAAGAAAGGGUCCAGAUUGUCUAGCCCAGCUGAUUUGUAGGGGUCCAGAUUUUGCAGCGCUUUCAAAACAUCAGCUGUCUGAAUUUGUGUAAAGGAGAAGCGGGGGGGGGCAUGGGCAAGUUGCAGCAGAGGGUGCAGAGUUGGUGGCCGGGUUAGUGGUAGCCAGAUGGAAAGCAUGGCCAGCUGUAGCAAAAUGCUUGUUGAAAUUCUCGAUUAUUGUAGAUUUAUCGGUGGUGAUAGUGUUUCCUAGCCUCAGUGCAGUGGGCAGCUGGGAGGAAGUGCUCUUAUUCUCCAUGGACUUUACAGUGUCCCAAAACUUUUUGGAGUUAGUGCUACAGGAUGCAAAUUUCUGUUUGAAAAAGUUAGCCUUUGCUUUCCUGACUGCUUGUGUAUAUUGGUUCCUAACUUCCCUGAAAAGUUGCAUAUCGCGGGGGCUAUUUGAUGCUAAUGCUGUACGCCACAGGAUGUUUUUGUGCUGGUCAAGGGCAGUCAAGUCUGAGGAGAACCAGGGGCUAUAUCGGUUCUUAGUUCUGUAUUUUUUGAAUGGGGCAUGUUUAUUUAAGAUUGAGAGGAAAUUACUUUUAAGGAACAACCAGGCAUCUUCUACUGACGGAAUGAGAUCUAUAUCCAUCCAGGAUACCUGGGCCAGGUCAAUUAGGAAGGCCUCCUCGCUAAAGUGUUUUAGGGAGCGUUUGACAGUGAUGAGGGGUGGUCGUUUGACCGCGGACCCAUUACGGACGCAGGCAAUAAGGCAGUGAUCGCUGAGAUCCUGGUUGAAGACAGCUGAGGUGUAUUUAGAGGGUAUGUUAGUCAGGAUGAUAUCUAUGAGGGUACCCAUGUUUAAGGAUUUAGGGUUGUACCUGGUAGGUUCGUUGAUAAUUUGCGUGAGGUUGAGGGCAUCUAGCUUGGAUUGUAGGAUGGCUGGGGUAUUAAGCAUAUCCCAAUUUAGGUCACCAAGCAGUACAAACUCAGAGGAUAAAUGGGGGGCAAUCAAUUCACAUAUGGUGUCCAGGGCACAGCUGGGGGCUGAGGGGGGUCUGUAGCAAGCGGCAACAGUGAGAGACUUAUUUCUGGAAAGGUGGAUUUUUAGAAGUAGAAGCUUAAACUGUUUGGGCACAGACCUGGAUAGUAUGAUAGAGCUCUGCAGGCUAUCUCUACAGUAGAUUGCAACUCCACCCCCUUUGGCAGUUCUAUCUAGACGGAAAAUGUUAUAGUUGGGGAUGGAAAUUUCAGAAUUUUUGGUGGCCUUCCUGAGCCAGGAUUCAGACACUGCUAGAACAUCAGGGUUGGCAGAGUGUGCUAACGCAGUGAAUAACUCAAACUUAGGAAGUAGACUUCUGAUAUUUAUGUGCAAGAAACCAAUACUUUUGCGAUUACAGAAGUCAUCAAAUGAUAGCUCCUGGGGAGUAGGAGUGAUACUGGGGGCUACAGGGCCUGGGUUAGCCUCUACAUCACCAGAGGAACAGAGGAGGACUAGAAUAAGGAUACGGCUAAAGGCUUUAAGAACUGGUCUUCUAGUGCGUUGGGUACAUAGAAUAAAGGGGGCAGAUUUCCGGGUGUUAUAGAAAAGAUUCAGGGCAUUAUGUACAGACAAGGAUAUGGAAGGAUAUGAGUAAAGUGGAGGUAAACCUAAGCGUUGGGUAACAAUGAAAGAGAUAGUAUCUCUAGAGGCAUCAAUUGAGUCGGUCUCUGAGUGUAUGGGGGGAGGGACAAAGGAGCUAACUAAGGCAGGUUUAGCUAGGCUGGGGGGUCUACAGUGAUAUAGUACAAUUAGAAAUAACCGAAACAACAAUAAACUAACCAUGUUUGGGCUGAGGCUAAACAUAAACAGGAUGUAGUACCGUAAAAAGGAACAGUCCAGCAGAUAUCAGCUGUAUAGCUGAGUUAUCAUAAGGUCCGGUGGUGAAGCGCUAGUGAUUAAGAGGCCACGGCUAGCGUGUGCUACGUCUGUUUUGUUGUAGCCAGCUGGUAGCGAUGAAUCCGGAGUUAAAGGUCCAGUGAUUCAGUGAUUCCGGCGGAAAAACUGAUAUGUUCUGGGUCGAUAACGCUCUGUGCAGACUGGCCGAAUAUCCGGUGAUCAAUGUCCAGUGAUUAAAAAUUAAUCCUGCGGAAAAAAAUCCAAUAUUCUGGGUGAAACACCGCUAGCUGUGGCUAAUAGCAAGUAGCUAGUUCAGUAGCUAGUUCAGUUUAGUGAGUAAGAGGCCACCGAUAACGUGUGCUAACGGGCCAGGGCUAGCAGAUGGAUGGAAUCUUCGUGGUUAACGUCGUAACCACAUCAGACGAUUUCGUCGGCAGACCAGUCGUGUAGGAUCGGCGGGGCUCCGUGUCAACACUAGGUGGUCCCGUCCGGUUGAUAGAGAGGUAGAUAGCCGGGAGAUGGGCCUAGCUCGGGAUGAUUAGCCAGACCACAGCGUCCAUUUUGUUGUAGCCAGCUGGUAGCGAUGAAUCCGGAGUUAAAGGUCCAGUGAAUCAGUGAUUCCGGCGGAAAAACUGAUAUGUUCUGGGUCGAUAACGCGCUGUGCAGACUGGCCGAAUAUCCGGUGAUCAAUGUCCAGUGAUUAAAAUUAAUCCCAAUAGAUUGAUUGAUCUGUGUGUCUGUUUCCCCUGGUCAGAUCCUGGAGGAGGAGGGCAUGUCAGUGCCAGAGGAGGUGCCCCAGAUCCUCCAGGUGGUCUCGGAGUACCUCCGAGACCCCUGCCCCCCCAUCACAAGCCUCUUCCCCGCAGGACCCACACAAAGCCACACACACGCCGAAAGCCUCCGAUUCCCUCAGGAGGAGGGGGCAGACGGGGACAGGAGAGGAGACUCGGAGACCGGGUCAAAGGUGAAACAUGGUACCAGUACAGAGUGCUGUCUCAGUCUCUGUCAGGCCGUGUCCUUCCUCCCUUCAGCCGAGGAUGAUGAGGAGAUGAUGAUGAGGAAGGAGGAGCGGCACAGCAAGGGUACAUAGAGCACACACACACAUACACACACACUGGAAAAGAGAAUAGACACAUGUUGAUGGUUGAUAUUGGUUCUAUGUUGUCUCCCUCAGGAGGCUGCAGUCUGGACAGAAAAUACUCUCUGAGUGUCCUCACUGUGUCUGACUUUGAAUGUCCCCUCUGUAUCAGGUUAGUAGUUUGUGUAGGUGGUACAUCCUAUGGAGUCUUGUGGUACUGUUAUUGUAGAGAAACUUUGUGCUGUACACUGAUCUUAGUGCUGUACCUCUACAGGUUGUUCUAUGAGCCAGUGACCACUCCCUGUGGACACACCUUCUGUAGGACCUGCCUCGAGAGAAGCCUGGACCACAACCUCCGCUGCCCCCUCUGCAAACAGCCACUACAGGAGGUAACUAGGGCCUACGCAACUGUGGUCUACGUAACUGUGGUCUACGUAACUGUGGUCUACGUAACUAGGGUCUACGCAACUAGGGUCUACGCAACUAGGGUCUACGCAACUAGGGUCUACGCAACUAGGGUCUACGCAACUAGGGUCUACGCAACUAGGGUCUACGCAACUAGGGUCUACAUAACUGUAGUCUAC